AUGCUAUUAUUCCCCAUAUUGGGUAUUGAUAUACAUUAUCCAUCUCGUCUACUCUCAUAUUGGACUCCUGCUAAUAUUGUUAUAUCUCCAAUAAAUCAGCAUAUAUUCAUGGUUGAUAUGUCAUUCAAUCGAGUAUUACACUUAUCACCUGAAGCUAUUUACAUAUCAACACUUAAUUUACCUAUUGAGCAAUCGAAAUUCUAUUCGCCACUGAAGUUAACGAUAGAUUUAGCUGGUUAUUUAUAUGUUGCAACGGGUGCUUAUAGCUCAUUAGCAAUGAUAUACAAAUAUAGGACUACUAAUGAUCAACUAAUUAAAAAUAUCUCUUUACCCUUCUAUGUUCCUACAGCAUUGACUAUUUCGCCUAUCAAUGGUGAUAUCUACGUAGCAACUACAGACACAAAGGAUACAUCUAUCUAUGUUUUAAAUAAAAAUGGUGAACAAAUUAAUAAAUUCAAUACAUCAAAUUUUUCACCACCACUUAGUCAACCGACAGCAUUAACUAUGGACAAAACAGCAGAAAGAUUAUAUGUUGCUGAUAGAAAUGAUUCAACGACUGGCAGAAUAUUUGUCAUUAAUUCACAAACUGGCAGACAACUUCAAGUCUAUAUAAACAGUAAUAUAUAUCGACCAACAGCAGUAAUAGUUGAUGUCAAUCUAAAUGUCUAUGUUGCUGACAUGGCUACGAAUUGUAUAAUUGCUUUAACAUCAAAUGGUACAUUGAUACGUACGUAUACUAAUAGUCUAUAUAAUCCACAAGGUCUUACGUUUGCACCUUAUGCUAGUUUACUUUUAUCUGAUACUUUAAAUAAUCGACUAGUUUUAUUCGAUGUUAUAUCCGCUAAAGUAUUGCAAAUUUAUUCUAGCCAUGAUCCAGUAUUAAUUGCACCACGUUUAGUGGCACUUCUUAAUAGUGGAGAUAUUUAUGUGAAUAGUUUAACUGAUGAUAUCGCCUACAAUAUUUUAAAAAAGCUUACCAUCACGAAUUCAUCUGCUAAUGUUACACAAAUUAUUAAUCCAAAACCUCAUUUCGGUUUCCCAGUUGGUUUAGCUUUAGAUACUAAAAAUCAAAUAUAUGUUACAGAUGCUGAUAUUCCAUACGGUUACAUUCAUAUGUUUGCAUCAAAUGGUACUGAAAUAGGCAGAAUUUAUACAAACAAUCCACCACUGAAGAAUCCUCAUGGCAUAGCUACAGAUUUACAAGGUAAUCUGUAUGUUGCUGAUAGUGGUAAUGUUCGUGUGAUUAAAUUAUUAAUUAAUGGAACGAUAAUACAAAAUUAUCAAACGACACCACCAUUACAAUAUGUUUAUGACGUUAAAGUGAGAGAUGACGGAGUUGUUUAUAUAUCCGAUACUGAGUGUGCAUGUAUCUAUCAGCUAACUAAUGACGGUGAGCAACUUGCAGUCAUAAAAUUAGAAACACAACAGCGCCUGGUCAAUCUGCUUAUUACUCUUUUUCCGUCUGCGGCUUCUUCUGAUCCUGAUCUAUUAGUCACAAUGACUGAUCCUUUUUCACCCCAAGUUAAUCGUUAUGCAUCAAACGGUACUCUAAUAGCAGCUUAUACAAUUCCGAUAUCAGCUUCAACUAGCUGGAAACCUUUUGCUUCUGUCAUUGAUGAAAAGCGUCGGUGGUUGAUUGUAGCAGAAUCAGGAGGAAGAAUUAUGUUUUUUGACUUAUGA